GUGGUCAGUUUGCGCGCGGGAUUCGGUUACCAUGCAUAUUGCAGUGCAGCUUCUUUUUUCAUAUUGACUUCUUCGACACUGUGCAGAGAAUCUGUUAGAAAAGGGGAAGUGCAAUUCUGCAGAACGAAAUUCCACCACAGUGGAGUAUGAAUAGACUCCUUUUCUUGCAGCUUGCAUUUGGGAUUCUCAUAGCCCCGCUAUGUACAGAAGCUCUGCAACUUGUUUUGGAUGCGACAAUGAGUCCGCCAGCGACUCUGCCUACGGAA